AAAUUCGAAAUUAAACAUAACAAACAUUGGUUUCACGAGAACCGCACGUACAGUAAUACAUACUUUAUUUUCUUUUCCCUAGAGGAAAUGUGACAAAAUGGACGGUUCAAAUUCGACUGGGAAUAACACUGAUUCAGAUUCGUUUUCAACAGUGGUUGUAAUUGAGUCAAUUGUUAGUUGUAGUUUAUCUAUUCUAGGAUCGUUCGCGAUAUUCGGAUCCUAUAGCCUUUUGCCGGAAAUAAGAAACGCUACCAGGAAACUUGUCACGUGUCUAACAAUAGCAGAUUUUCUAACGGCGUUAGGAAUCAUAAUAUCAGCGAUUGCUCAUCUAGUUGGAACACAAAGAGGCGUGUGCACACCACAAAGCGGAAUAACAACAUAUUCGAGUCUCGUGUCAUUCUUUCUUACUGUUGCCAUUGCGAUACACAUCUUUUCAACUGUUGUAAACAGAAACGAUAGAACAUCAUCGUGGCAAUUCCUUGUAAUUACUAACAUCAUAAGCUGGUUAUGCCCAGGAAUUAUUAUAGCAUUUGCUAUUGAAAAUGGUGUUCUUGGUAGAGACAAAACAGAAAAUGUGGGAACUGGUCCUUGGUGUUGGUUAAAAAGAGACUCUAAAGAUUAUAUGUUUUGGAUGUUUUUGACUGGAAAAGGUUGGGAAAUAUUGUGCUACUUGCUGACGACGUCCUUAUAUGUUCUUCUGAAAUUCUACUUGCUAUUGCGAUUCAGGCGCCGCCAGUUUACAGAGAUACAUGAAAGUCUCCGGAACUACGAUCAUAACUUCUUAUAUGUUUGGUUUAUACUUUAUCUACUACGUCUUUGGGGUACCAUUCGAUCGAUUAUGACUUUGACUGGAGUGGAUAAACAAAGUCCUGGUGAUGAAAUAUCCAACGUGUUCAUGCAUAUGCAGGCAAUAGGUGAUCCAGCUCAAGCUUUCUGCAAUUUUAUCUUAGUAUGUAUCCUUGACAAACCUGUUAGGUUAGUUCUGUUUGGGGACUGCGGUAGGGAACCUAACCGUGGUAAUGAAGGCUCAAUUCAAUGUGAUUACAAUUAUACACCCGCAGACUCUGUUGACGAAGGUUCAGUCAAUGAAUACAGUCGACGUUACGGUAGUAUGGACAGAAGAGACAGGAUCAAUUGAUGAAGCACUUUAUUUGAUUUUAAAUGGUUUUUUUAAAUCAUGAAAUUAACUAACAUUUAAUAUGAUAAAAACAUCAUACUAUAAGAAAAGGUUUGUUUGAGAAAAACUACAGAAUUUUGCUCGCAGAUUCUACAAAUUAGAACGAGACAAGAAUAUACUAACCAGCUUUUAAAACCAAACAAAGCUUUAUUCUUGAAUAUUCAUAUAUGACCUUGAUCUCUCUAUACAAUAAAAAUAUUUAAUUUUUGAUUCAAUAGCCAAACGAAUAAAUAAUUAU